UCAUUCAAAACCAAAACUACCUUUUCUCUCAAAAACCACCAAACCAUUUUGAACUUAUCUAAGAAAGAGAAAAUUAAAUUAUUCUUUAAAAAGACACAAGGAAAAAAAAUAAUGUAACUUCCUAGAACAAACCAGAAUAUACACACAUGGGUGGUUUUGUUUUUGGUUUCUAGGUUUCUAAGAAGACUGAGUUUCCAAUCAAAUUUUUAUUGGUUUUUUUUUCUGGGUUUGUGAAGAAACAAUCAUUACCCUUGUUCACUACUCUCUUUGUUUCUCUGUCUAAAUCUAAAAUUUUGAUUUUUUUUUGGUUUUGAUAAUAGCCAAGGAAAUCAAGUUUGAUUUAGUCCUUUCAAUUUCUUCAUCCAUGUUCUUUCGAAAAUCCUAUGUUGUUUUGUUAUUGUUGUUGUAUAGGGGUGUUUAAUGUUUGAUAAAAAAAAUCAAUUAAAAAAAAUCACUUUUGGAGUAGUGAAAGUCGCUUUCAUUGAAGGUAAGAGAGGGUUUUCAUUAUUAAUAAUUUAAUAUAUUUUAUGCUAUGGUAAAUCAGAUGUUUUCUGUUGCAUAAUCCAUUUAUAGGAUUUUAAAGAAUCUUAUCUUCUUUUGAUUCCUUAAUUAGACACAACAACUUCACAAUGUUUCAGAUCUUUUCCUUUUGUACUUGAUAAGUACAUAAAAAAAAUUAUCCAUUUUUAUCUAUUUUCUCUCUCCUCAAAUAGUGCCAUAUUUCAUACACUCUCUGAGAAAAAAUUGCACCAGAAGAAUAAUUGAACAAAAGGGUGUCUUAAAGUUUGAAACUUGUUAUGGAGUGUGUUUUAGAUCUGCAUGCAAAGAUGGUGAAUGAAAGAGAAGAAGACGGUUUUGGAAGUUUAGGAGAAGAUGAAAAAUUAGUGGCGGUUUCUGAGAGAGAGAUUUGGCUUGAUGAUGCUACAAAUCAUCAAGAUGAUGAUGAUCUUUUAGCAUCAUGUUCAUCAUCAUCAUCAGCAUCAUCAUCUUCAUGUUCAACACCAUUGAAAACCAUUGCAUGUACUACUUCAACUACUACUACAACUGCAACAUCUUCUUCCUCUUCUGCUUCUUCUUCCUCUGCAGCUUCUUGGGCUGUUUUGAAAUCAGAAGUUGAAGAAGAUCAUCAUCACGGUGAGAAAAUGAAGAGUUGUGAUAAUAAUCAUGGGUUUUUGAACAUGCAUGAUCCAUUAGAUCAUCAUCAUCAUCAUGGUCAACAUGCAACAACCGCGUCUAUAGAGAUUCCUCAACAACAACAAGAGCUUGGUGUUGGUGAUUGCAUGGAGGAUGUUAUGAUGGAUGAUACUUUUGGUUACAUGGAGCUUUUAGAAGCUAAUGACUUUUUUGACCCUGCUUCGAUUUUUCAAACCGAAGGAGAAACCCCUUUAGUUGAUGAUUUCACACAAGAACAAGAACAAGUUCUAGUGCAACAUCAACAAGUUCCCAUAGUGGUGCAUGAUGAUAGUGAAACGAAACUAGACCUCAAUUUUGAUGGUGUUGGUGUUAAUGAUGGUGCAUGUGAUGGUGUUAAUGAUGAGAUGAGUAAUGUUUUUUUGGAAUGGCUUAAAUCUAACAAAGAUAGUGUAUCAGCUAAUGAUUUGAGGAAUGUGAAGCUUAAGAAAUCAACAAUUGAAAGCGCUGCUAGAAGAUUAGGUGGUGGAAAAGAAGGGAUGAAACAAUUGUUGAAGCUUAUUCUUGAAUGGGUUCAAACUAGUCAUCUUCAAAACAAAAGGCUCAAAGAAAACAACAAUAACACAACAACCUCAAAUGUUGUUCCUCAACAACCACUGCCGCAGUUUCAAGAUCUAUGUCCGAACCAAAACACGACAAACACAUGUUUUAACCAAACUUCAUGGAUGGAUCAAACGCAAACACCUCUUGUUGUUCCUCCACAACAAUUUUCGCAAGGGAUGGUUGGAGUUGGAUACGUCGGCGAUAUCCAUUACACAAAUGGUUCGGUUUCGAAUAGCCUUUACCAACAAGGCUCUACUAAUGAGUAUCAUCAAUUCAAUGUUGUUCCAAACUACAAUCAACCAUCGUUUGUGGAUAGCAACAACAAUGUUGUACAACCUCAUGGUUUGAGUUUUGGAGGAUAUGGAAAUCAAUAUGGUUCUUAUCAGUUUUUUCAUGGAGGUGGUGGUGAUCGGUUAAUGAGGUUAGGUCCUUCGGCUACAAAAGAAGCUCGGAAGAAGAGAAUGGCGAGACAAAGAAGGUUUGUUUCUCAUCAUAGGAAUCAUCAUCAAGGUUCUGAAUCAGUUGCUAGAUUGGGUGGUGGUGGUGGUGGUGAUAAUUGCACCAAUGGCGUGGGUGUUGGUUCUCAUGCAAAUCAAGCUAACUGGAUGUAUUGGCAGAGUAUGGCUGGUGGGAAAGCAGCUUCCUUGGCACCUGUUGUUCGGGAUGAGCAGACGCAGCCUCCGGUGGAACGAGAUCGCACCAACAAUCAGACACAGAAUUCUCAUCAAGGUCGAAAUGCAUCGGAUAAGAAACAGGGUUGGAAGCCAGAGAAGAACUUGAAGUUCCUUCUACAAAAGGUGUUGAAGCAAAGUGAUGUUGGAAGUUUGGGGAGAAUUGUUUUGCCAAAAAAAGAGGCAGAAACUCAUUUGCCCGAACUCGAGGCGAGAGACGGAAUUUCCAUUACAAUGGAAGAUAUCGGAACUUCUCGAGUUUGGAAUAUGCGCUAUAGCAUCAGAUAUUGGCCAAAUAACAAAAGCAGAAUGUAUUUGCUUGAAAACACCGGUGACUUUGUGAAAGCUAAUGGACUCCAAGAGGGUGAUUUCAUUGUGUUGUAUUCUGAUGUGAAGUGUGGCAAAUUUAUGAUAAGAGGAGUUAAAGUGAGGCAACAAGGAGCAAAACCAGAGGCGAAGAAAACAGGAAAAGCACAGAAAAACCAGCAGCAGCAGCAGCAUGGGAAUAAUAAUAGUAAUACAGCUGGAAAUGAUGCGGUGGAUAAUAAUGACACACCAUCUUCACCAAAAAGGAAGAAAUGAAAGGAUAAAGGAUAAUAUUAUGUAAUAUAAUAACUAUGUUAUAACAAUAUAAUAUAAUAUAAUAUAAUAUAUAUAUAUUUAAAAAUAGUAUAGUAGAAUAAAUAAAUAAAAAUCUGAAUUGAACAUGUGAUGUUCAAGAGAAUCUGUAGUAACUUGUUUUGGAAUUUGAUUGCAAAUUGUUGUGUGAAAAUUAUGUGUGAAUAUUUAUGUGUGAAUGGAAGUACUUGAUGUCUC